ACCUACUGAAAGCUCUGUUUUGGAUUUUCUACAUUAAUAAAUAGUUUGGAAUGUCAAAAUCAAAGAGCUGUUAAUUUCAGAUGCGGGUCAAUUACAAUAAUCAGUGGUGGAAUGUUUUAAGAGAGACAGAGCUCAUCUGUGUGUGAACGACGCCGCUCGCAUCUUCUGCACAUCCGUGCAAAAUCAUGCACAAAAAGUAAAAAAAAAAAAUUAUAGUAUAAACAAACCCCUCUGCUUCAUAUCACCCCAGUGUGGAUAAUAUUUUUUUAUAAACAACACAAUGGGUGGAGUCUGUGUGUGUUUACUUCUCUAUUGUAUUCUUACUUAGGUUCAUCAAGCCACAGCUCUCCAUCCCUGUUCAGCAGCAGCCACAAAAAUUUUACCUCACACAGGUGUGUGUGUGAAAGAAAGAGUGAGAGAGAGUGAGAGAGAGAUAGAAAUAUAGAAAUAUACAGUUUCUACACUCAGGUAUGUUGAAUGUAGCGUGUCUGUGUAUUAUUCUGUAUUCAUGUGUGUGUGUGUGUGUAGGAGGAGGAGGAGUAAUAGUGAGGGGUGUGGUCAUGAGAUGACAAUGAGGAAAUCGUGGUCUCUGAUUGGUCAGUGUGUCAGUAGUUCCUCAACUCCAUGCGAAAUCACAGGUGCAGUUCUGAUCCAUUUAUUCACAAAAACAGGAAGUGAUUUUUUUUUACAAACACACGCUUUAUUACCAUGUUGUAUGUGUUUAUUGUUAUGUGUUAAUGUGUGUGUGUGUCUAUGUGUGUUUGUGUGUGUGUGUGUGUGUAUUGUUAUGUGUUAAUGUGUGUGUGUGUGUGCAUGUGUGUAUAUGUGUGUGUGCAUAUGUGUGUGUAUUGUUAUGUGUUAAUGUGUGUGUGUUUGUGUGUGUUUACUGUUAUGUGUUAAUGUGUGUGUGUGUAUGUGUGUGUAUUGUUAUGUGUUAAUGUGUAUGUGUGUGUAUUGUUAUGUGUUAAUGUGUGUGUGUGUCUAUAUGCGUGUUUGUGUGUGUGUGUGUAUGUGUGUAUUGUUAUGUGUUAAUGUGUGUGUGUGCAUGUGUGUGUGCAUGUGUGUGUGUGAUGUGUGUGUAUUGUUAUGUGUUAAUGUGUGUGUGUGUGUGCAUAUGUGUGUGUAUUGUUAUGUGUUAAUGUGUGUGUGUGUGUGCAUAUGUGUGUGUAUUGUUAUGUGUUAAUGUGUGUGUGUGUGUACAUAUGUGUGUAUUGUUAUGUGUUAAUGUGUGUGUGUGUGUACAUAUGUGUGUGUAUUAUGUGUUAAUGUGUGUGUGUGUGUGCAUAUGUGUGUGUAUUGUUAUGUGUUAAUGUGUGUGUGUAUGUGUGUGUGUGCAUAUGUGUGUGUAUUGUUAUGUGUUAAUGUGUGUGUGUGUGUGUGUGUGUGUGUGUGUGUGUGUGUAUGGCUCAGUUCCUGCACCGCUGGAUUAUUCCGCUGAGUCAUGGAGUGCUGUUGUCGGCUUUGAAUUCUCACACACGCUUGACCGAAAAACUGUGAAAAGACAGGAAGUGAUCUACGGUCAGUUACCAUGGCAACACAAUGCACUCGGCGCUCCAGUUUUAAUAAUCUGUUUAGAAAAAUAAUUUACACUUUGGAGGUCUCUGAUCUCAAACCUGUAAACCAGAAGAACGUUAUCACUGAUGAAUCCAAAAGCUCAUGCAGACGGAGUUUCAUCACGUUCAGACUCUCACGGUGAUGAUUGAUGUUUUGAGGCGUGGCUUAUUGGAGGAGGUGCAGCUGGAACAGGAUGUGAUUGGUCAGAUUUUCCCAUGUUUGGAUGACCUCAUAACUCUGCACAGGAACUUCCUGAGCGAGAUGGAGAGCAGACAGCACACUUCAACACACCUGAGCAACAGGAAGAACUUCAUCAUCCUCAGAAUCGGAGACAUACUGCUACAGCAGUUCUCAGGUCCAUCUGCAGGUCACAUGACAGCUCUGUAUGGAGAUUUCUGCAGUAAACAGUCUGAAGCACUGAAAAUUUAUAAACAACUUCAACAGAGCAAUAGGAAACUACAGCUGUUCCUCAGACAGCAGAGCAGUAAUUCGGUUAUAAAACGCAGAGAAAUCCCAGAAUUCCUGCUGCUGGUUACGCAGAGAAUCACAAAAUACCCUGUCCUGCUGGAGAGACUACUGCAGCACACAGAUGGGGGCGGAGUGGAGCAUGAUGAUGUCAUGGGAGCACUGGAGGGGGUGCGGUCUGUGUUAUCAGGUGUUGAGCUGCAUGUGGAGAAAAUCCAGCAUGCACAGGAACUUGAUGAUAUCAUCAGCCGUCUGGAUAACAAGAGCUUCACCCGCCUGAAGAGUGGAGAGAUCUACAGCAAACACACUCUCACACACACACCGCACACACUCACACACUGCGCUACACUCACUUGCAGGACUACAUCAGGCAGACUGAGAGAUGUUUUUGCACUUCUUCUCUCUGAUGUUCUGGUUUUCCUUCAGGAGAAAGAGCAGAAGUUCACAUUUGCUGCUUUGGAGCAGAAGCCUGCUGUCGUCCCUCUGCGUGCUUUGAUCCUGAGAGAAAUAGCCAAUCAGGAUCGUGGACUGUUUCUGAUCAGCAGUGAUGCAGUAGAGCCGGAAAUGUAUGAGAUCCACACACACAAUCGCGAAGAGAGAGACAGGUGGAUCACACUGCUGCAACACACCACAGACAGUUUGCCUGAUGAUGAACUGAAGAAUAAUGAAGAGCUGAAAUGCAAGAACAUAAACACAUUGCAAGAGGCUUUAUUAUCUCUAGAUUUGCAGGUGUAUGCAGUCCUAGAGGAGAAACUCAGGGUGUGUGUUGGGCCUUUAACACACCAGCACCUGCUCAUACAAACACACACACACACACCAUGUGGAGCGACGCUACUGACUGCUGCACAGACAGAGGUAGUAAAUCUGCUGGUGUGUGUGAUGUCACUGCUCUUUGGUUAUCAUGAGUUCAUUCAGCAUGCUGAGGAACUGAGCAAGAAACGUCUAAAACGGAAGGAGCCUCUUAUACUAAAGGUGGUGGACUGUGUGCAGAGUUUAACUCAGAUCUUGUACAGUCUGCAGGCUGCAGUAAUGAUGCAGGACAGUGUGUAUGAGGUUCAGAAACUCCUGAUCCUGGAGGAAGAAACUCUGCAGCCUGCCACUGAUGGGAAGUGCUGUGUUCAGGUUGUCGACGGGAGUCUAUGCCAUUCAGACAGCAACCAUGCUCAGGAGAUGGACAGAAUGAAAAGAGAGAAGGAGGGGCUGGAGGUGGAGCUACAGCAGUGGGCAGAGCAAGCUCAGGCUCUGAGAGAGGAGGAGGCAGGAAUAGAGCGAGAAAGAACGCGAGUCCAGCAAGAGGAGCGACGAAUAAGGAAGGAGAGAGAGAGGAUGGAGAGAAAACUCCUCUCACAGCAAAACUCCACCAAUCGCCAACACAGCCUGUCCAUCAUCCCACUAGACAAAUAAGUGUGUGUGCGUGUGUGUGUGUGUGUGUGUGUUUAUACUUAACACCUAGUAACUAUAACCCCACCCCUCAACAUAUCCACUCACUUCUCACUAGCUGGACUAUAGUAAGGGGCGAGGAUGGUUUUGUAGUGUAAUACAGAUACAGUAUGUUGAAGGUGUAUAUAUACAGUGCUGUGAAAAAGUAUUUUUCACUGAUUUCUUCUGCGUUUGUGUAGAUCUCAUACUAAAUUGUUUUAGGAAUUUAAACAAAAUCUAAGAUAAAACAAAGGCAACCACAAAAUACAGAAAAUACAGAUUUUAAAUAAUAAUAAUGUUAUUUAUUAACGCAAAAAAGUUCUCCAAUACCAACUGGGCCUGUGUGAAAAUGUAUGUGCCCCCGUAGUUACUAAUUCCCCAAAUCUAUGACACUGCAGUGAUAAUGGGGUUCAGCUGGACGAGACACAACCAGACCUGAUUACUGCAAACCCUGUUCCAUCACAUCUACACUUACAUAGAACUUUAUCAACAGCAGGAAGUUGGUUAAAAGAUCUUACCCAGUAACACACUACACCAAAGCUGAAAGAAAUUCCAGAGAUGAUGAGGAAGAAGGUGAUUGAAAUACAUCAGUCUGGGAAGGGUUACAAAGAUAUUUCAGAGGCUCUGGGACUCCAAAGAACCACAGCGAGAGCCGUUAUCUCCAAAUGGAAAAACUCAGCACAGUAGUGAACCUUCCCAGAAGUGUCCGACCUUCCAAAAUUCCUCCAAGAGCACAGUGACGACUCAUCCAGGAAGUCACAAAAGAGCCAAGGACAACAUCGAAGGACCUACAGGCCUCUCCUGCAUCAAUAAAGGUCACUGUUCAUGACUCCACUAUCAGAAAGACACCGGGGGAAAACGGCUUCAUGGAAGAGUGGCGAGGUGAAAACCACUGCUGACCCAGAAGAACAUUAAGACUCGACUGAAUUUCACCAAAACACACCUUGAUGUUCCUCAAACCUUUUGGGAGAAUGUUCUGUGGACUGAUGAGUGAAAAGUGGAACUGUGUAUCGGAAGCGUUUGAUUGUAGUUAUUGCUGCUAAAGGUGGCACAACCAGAUUUCAAGUUUAAGCAGACAAUUAAUUUUUCACAUUGGUAAUAGGUGGAUAAUUAUUAUUUUUUUGCUUCAAUAAAAAAAUAUAUAGUAUUGUGUGUUUACUCAUGUUGCCUUUGUUGUGUAGUGUGUAUAUGUAGUGAGGGUGUAGUGUAGUGUGUAUAUGUAGUGAAGAUGUAUAUUUUGUUAGGGUGUAGUGAGUUUGUAGUGUGUAUAUGUAGUGAAGGUGUAGUGUGUAUAUGUAGUGAGCGUGUAGUGUAGGGUGUAGUGAGGUUGUAGUGUGUAUAUGUAGUGAGGGUGUAGUGUGUAUAUGUAGUGAGGGUGUAUAUUUAGUGAGGGUGUACUGUGUUUAUGUAGUGAAGGUGUAGUGUGUAUAUGUAGUGAGGGUGUACUGUGUUUAUGUAGUGAAGGUGUAGUGUGUAUAUGUAGUGAGGGUGUAGUGUGUAUAUGUAGUGAGGGUGUAUGGGUGUGUGUAUUUGUGUAAAUAUUAUGUCCAAUAAAUAUCACCAUGAAUGUA